AAUCCCUAGGGGUAGAACUUAUAGUUGUCUGCUGAAAAGAAGGAAUCCAAGGAAGAUUGAUACUCCAAUCCACAUUGCAAAGGAUUGGUAUCAAUAUGUGAAGGAUCAUGAGUUGAAGUAUAGGGAUGUUGUGCACUUUAGGCCAGUUAGCACUCACAACAAUUUGGUUAAUGUUACCAUUUCCCGUGGGCAGCCGUCGUGAGUUUGAUGUUUUGUUGAUUUCCUAUUAAUGUUUUCAGUUUGGACCUUGUAUGUUUUGCCUUUGUUUUGUGCAACUUUUGGACUGGCUUGAUGCCCCUGGCUUGUUAGACCUUUUUGGAUAUGUUUUGUGCAACUUGGUGUUUUAUGGAUCUUAGUUAAUCAAUGACUUUAUAUGUUAUUAAGGUUUCAAUUAUUUACUUAUUAGUAUAUUUCUGUAGUGUAUAAUAUAUGGCAUCUCAAUCAUUCUCUUCGACACAAAGAAGAAAUGGGAUUGCUGAUGGAAGGCUCUGUACUUGCGGCCUUACCCCAGCCCUAAAGACUUCAUGGUCUAGUAGUUAUUAUGGACGAAGAUAUUUUCAAUGUCCUUUGAAGGCUUGUGGGUAUUAUGAUUGGCUUGAUCCCCCUGUGCAUGGGCAAGUUGUUGAAGCCCCCAUGACUGCUGCUGUGACUCCUGGUAAAGUUGUUCAAGCCCCCAUGACUGCUGCUGUGACUCCUGGUCAAGUUGAUGAUUGCUUUGAAGGAUUAAAGAGGGCAGAAGCUUUGAUCUCUGACUACAAGAGAAGGGAACAAAUGUAUUUCAUCGUUGUUGUUGUCUCUUUGGUAGUUGCUGUGCUACUUAUUUUGUUUAAGUGA